AUGAAGUCUCUUCUCGGUUCGGUGACCCUGCUGGCGGCUCUGCUCGCCAGCCCAAUCAAUGCUGGCAAGAGCUUUAGUGACAGGGUUAUGGAGAGGUAUGCUAGACCAGAGAAGUUCUCCCAACCAAUCCAAGAGCGUCGGCCCUUGCACGAAAGACAAGCAGGCUUCAAGUUCUUGACCAAUGCGACACAGCCAUAUCUUGUCGACUCCCUUCCAGAUGUGCCUUUCGACAUUGGCGAGAUGUAUUCGGGCAACAUUCCCAUCAGCUACGCCAACGUCUCUCGGAAUUUGUUCUUUGUCUUCUACCCCAAGUUGGGCGAUUCUGUGGAUGAAGUCACCAUCUGGCUGAACGGUGGACCUGGCUGCAGCUCCCUGGAAGGCUUCUUCCAGGAAAAUGGCCCAUUCGUCUGGCAGCCAGGUACUCUCGCUCCGGUGCAAAACCCAUACUCAUGGGUCAACUUGACCAACAUGCUGUGGGUCGAGCAACCUGUCGGCACCGGGUUCGCGCAAGGCACGCCCAAUGCCACGUCUCAGUACGACAUUGCCGCCGACUUUAUCAGCUUCUUCAAGAAUUUCCAGGACAUCUUCGGGAUCAAGAGCUUCAAGAUCUACGUUACCGGAGAGUCAUACGCCGGUCGCUAUGUCCCGUACAUCUCCGCGGCAAUGCUUGACCAGAACGACACUACAUACUACGAUCUCUCCGGCGCACUGGUAUACGACCCAUGUAUCGGCGAGUUCGUCAGCAUCCAAGAAGAGUACGUCGCCGUGCCUUACGUCAUCGAAAACAACAACAUCCUCAACAUUAACGCUUCGUUCUUGGCCGAGCUCGAGAACCUCCAUGAGACAUGUGGCUAUGCCGCAUAUCUCGAGAAGUACUUCACCUUCCCUGCCUCGGGAGUCCAGCCGCCACUGUACUUCAACUACACUCUCGAAGGGGACUGCGACGUCUUCGAUUUGAUCGAUGAAGCCGCAUUAGAAGUCAACCCGUGCUUCGACAUUUACGAGAUCGUCGAGCAAUGCCCGCUGUUGAGCGACGUGCUCGGUUUCCCCACGCAGCUUGUCGACGAUGUCUACUCGACCACAUACUUCAACCGCACCGAUGUCAAGACUGCGAUGCACGCACCCCUGGACGUCAGCUGGGAGGAGUGCGCAAAUGGUGUGUUCGUCGGCGAAGGCGGUCCCCAAGGCGAAGGUGAUCUCGCCCCAGAUCUGAUCCAGGGUGUAUUGCCCCAGGUCAUCGAGGCGACUAACCGCGUGCUCGUGGGCAAUGGUGAUUUCGACAUGAUCAUCAUCACCAACGGCACUUUACUCGCCAUCCAGAACAUGACGUGGAAUGGUGCGUUGGGCUUCACUGAGCGGCCCAGCACGCCUAUCAACAUCACCCUCCCGGAUCUCAUGUACGCCGGUGUCUACGACGAGAACGGAUACGACGGUAUCGAUGGCCCACAGGGUAUCAUGGGUGUCCAGCACUUUGAGCGCGGUCUCAUGUGGGUUGAGACCUUCCAGUCGGGUCACAUGCAGCCUGAGUUCCAGCCUCGUGUGGCCUACAGACACUUGCAGUGGCUCUUGGGUCAGACCGAUAUGAUCUAA